AUGAAUUCAGAAAUACAGACAAGUUUUUUCGAUCUCUCAUACCGGAAGAUUUGCAUUCCCUUAUCCGUCGUUUCACUCUCACAUCUAUGUUUUGUUCAAUACUCUUUGUGGAACCAGGGUUUUUAUAAUGUUUUCCUAUUGCAGCCUAAUUCUGUAUCAAGUCUACCACUGAAUUUGUGGUAUAUUUUCAUCUCCGAUUGCUCUUUAAAACUGUUAUCGAUAUUUAUUAAAAGCGUAUCCUUGUUGUGCCUGUCUAAAACACUUGAUUGCUACUCUAUGGGUUCAUUACUCUGUUUUUUGGAAUACAUAUUCUUAUUCCUAAGACACAUACCACCUGGGAUUCUGUGGAUAUAUUUCCUGGUAGAAUUAAAUUGGAAACGACAGGGCAUCUUAGCUGGGAGGAUAUUUGUAUGCUUAUUAUACUGUAUUUUAAAAGUUUGUGUUAUACUUUCAUUAUGUAAAGAGUUUUUGAAAUUUUCACGUUCGAUGAUAUGUACAAAACCAUAUACAGUCGAAAUGCAGGCGCCAUCAAAUGAAGUUUGUAAUAUGUGCCUUGAAUCUUAUACUCAUGUUGGCAUUUUGUCUUGUAAUCAUAAAUUUUGUGCUAAAUGCACAACACGUUGGUUUAAUACAUUUACUAAAUGCCCGUCAUGUAAUCCAGAAUGUGGUGAAAAUUCAAGAUGGCGGAGUGGAUCGAUGGAUUUAUUUGUUCAAUUUUAUUAA